GUGUUAAGAUAAGAGUACAAAAGUAAAUUUAACUACUUAUCAAAAAAAAAAGAAAAAAGAAAAAGAAAAGUGUAAUUCGAUCUGCAGGGUGAGGCAGCCUAGUUCAAUACUCCUCAUUGCUUCCCCGCCGGCGUGAAAGCUCUAUCCUCUGCUAAUCCGUCGGCCGCCGCCGUUCUCCGACGACUGUGAUUGGCCUUCACAUACUAUGGCUAUUAUUCUCUUCACCAACUCACCAUCGCAGUAACCUGAGGACUAAAUUCAGUAACAAAUUGAUAGAAAUAAUGCUGACUCUCAGAUGCGCGAGGCAAACCAGAGCCUUCCUCUCCCCACCUUCCGCCUCCACUGCUGCACUUAACCUCUUCUCCACCGCCGCCACUCAUUCUCCCGCCGCCUAUCCUUUCUCGCCUUCCUCCAACUCCUCUAGUUCCACCACUUCGAAUGGAUCCCUAUCCGAGAUAAAUCACGAGGACCUCGUCUACUACUUCCGUGAAUGGUUCAUGUCCCGGAAGAAACCCCUUUUCGAUCGUAUCUUCGAAAUCCUCCGCACUCAGGAUGAUUCCUCCUUCGAUUCUGCACUCUCUCGCUUCAAUCUCGGCCUCUCUGAAAGCUUAGUUCUGGAUGUAUUGAAUUACGAGAAGAAAGAUGUUCUUUCUUGCUUGAAGUUCUUUGACUGGGCAGGUCGGCAGCCGGGUUUUCACCAUACAAGGGCUACAUUCAAUUGCAUUUUCCGGAUCCUGUCGAAAGCUAAGCUAAUGAACUUAAUGUUAGAUUUUCUACAGAACUAUAUGAAGCAGAGGUAUGUUCAUAAAGUUAGGUAUUACAAUAUUUUGGUCAUUGGUUACGCUGCUGCCGGAAAGUCCGAGACUGCGCUCGGACUGUUUGGUAGAAUGCGGUUUCAGGGCGUUGACUUGGACGCAUUUGCCUACCAUGUGCUUAUGAAUUCCCUCGUGGAGGAGGGUUAUUUUGAUGUGGUGGAGACGGUGGCAAAGGAGAUCAGAAUCCGUGGGUUUCAGAACGAGGUCACGCAUUCGAUUAUGAUGAAAAGUUUCUAUAAGCAGAAGGAGUUGGAAAGAGGGGAGGAGUACUUGCGUGGUCUUGUGGAGGAUAACGGAGCGCAAUUGAGUGGAAUUGCUGUUGCUACCUUUGUGGCCGCCUUGUGUAAGGAUAAUCAAUUUGAGAGGGCUGCAUUAUUAAUUGAAGAGUUCCGAAAGAUGAACUUGGUUUCCAUGGAACAUGCAUACGGUGUGUGGAUCAGGGACCUUGUCAAGGCUGGGAAAUUGGACUGUGUCCUAGAGUUUUUGAAGGAUAAGCAGGCAGUUGAGGACUAUGUUCCUGAUGUAUUUCGUUACAACACGUUGAUUUGCAGGCUUUUGAGGGAAAAUAGGCUUGAGGAGGUGCAUGAUUUAUUGGUGGAUAUGAAACAAAGAGAGAUAUUGCCUGAUGAUGUUACCAUGAAUGCUGUCUUAUGCUUUUUAUGUAAGGCAGGAAUGAUGGAUAUUGCUAUGGACUUGUAUAAUUCAAGGAUAGAGUUUGGCCUCUCUGUUAAUUGCAUGGCUUAUAAUUAUCUUAUAAAUACUCUCUUGGGGGACGUCAGUGUUGAUGAAGCAUAUCGAUUGUUGAGGAAUUCAAUGGAACAGGGUUAUUUCCCAGGGCAAAAGACCUUUUCCAUUGUUGCUGAUGCUCUUUGCAGAGAAGGAAAGUUUGAUAAGAUGAAGGAGUUGGUCAUUUUCAUGUUAGACCAGAAUAUCAUGCCCAAUAAUUUCACAUAUGAUAAAUUCAUAUCCGCUCUUUGUAGGGCUAGCAGAGUUGAAGAAGGUUAUUUGUUACAUGACCUGCUCAACAGGUUAAAUAAAGCAUCCCGAAAGAGUACUUAUCUGAACCUGAUUAGCGGAUUUAUUAAGUCAAGUAGAGGAGAUAUAGCAGCUAGAUUACUCAUUGAAAUGCAAGAAAAAGGUUAUAUCCCAACCAGGAGACUGGUUAGAGAGGUGAUCUGCUGCUUAUGUAAAACAGAUAACCCAGAGAAGCAAUUCUUUGGAUUGCUUGAGAUGCAGCUGGCUCGCAGUAAGUCUUCCGCCUCUGUCGUUUACAACUUUUUCAUUGAUGGAGCUGGACAUGCGAGGAAGCCUGAACUGGCUAUGCAAGUAUAUGAAAUGAUGAGAAGAAGUGGUCUUGUACCAAGCUUCAACUCUGACAUCCUAUUGUUGCAAAGUUAUCUGAAAAGUGAAAGAAUUGCUCAGGCUUUGCAGCUUUUCCGAGAUUUGUCCACGAGAUGGCGGAAGAGAAAACUGUGGCAAACCAUGGUUGUUGGUCUUUGCAAAGUACAAAAACCGGAGCAUGCAUCACAGAUUUUGGAGGAUAUGAAGACAAACAGGCGAACGCCAAGUAUCGAAUGUUAUGAGGAACUUAUAAAGUUGUAUUGCGCUUUGGGUCAAUAUCAUAAAGCUGUAGAGCUUGUCAAUGAGAUGACUCAGACUGGUCGUCCGGUUUCUUCCUUCAUUGGCAAUGUAUUUCUUUUGCAUGCAUUGAGAAGUAGGAAACUCUAUUAUGCUUGGGUGUCUUUAUCUCAGAAGCAAAAUCUAACACCUGCCAGUUGGAUGUUGGGCCACCUGAUUGGUGUUUUUUCUGGUUGUCUUGAAGGAUUCGACGAUGACGACGAAGUGGAAAAACUGGUCCAGCAAUGCUUCCGCGUUGAUAUUUAUACAAAUAAUAUGCUUUUAAGAAGAUUAAGCAUGAAGGGGAUUGACUUUGCUUGUAAGUUUUUCGACAGAUUUCGUGAAAAAGGGUAUGAGCCAAAUAGAUGGACGUAUGAUAUAAUUGUCCAUGGUUUGGCCAAAGAAGGUCGAAAUUCAGAGGCUAGAAUAUGGAUGGAAGACAUGCUCCGCAAAGGGUAUCAUCUAACCGAGGUUACACAAAAUAUCAUCUAGCAUGAAAGGGAAGUCACUUUGUGUUUGCAGCAAGGUACAAAAUAACGGGCAGAUGUAUAACCUCCAAGACAGCUAGGUUCGCUGAGGACAAUAACCUCUUGACCAGAUUGUCGAAUAUGGCACUACUGCGGUAAAAGUCCUCAUCCAACUUACAGCCAACGACCGUGUAAAAUCCUGCCAUGUGUCAACUGUGACUAAUUCUGAACCCAUGUAUGGCCUCAGGAGAGGUAAAAAGUUUUCUCCAUGGGUAGUAUG